UGGCUCUCUUUCUCAACUCAGUUUUCAGUUUAAGUUCCCACAGUAAUGAAUUUUGCUCCUUCCAAUGGACACCAUCGUUAACUCGGCGCUCGAAGAAAUCUGCGCGCAUGGCGAAUCCGGUCUCCCUCUCUCUAAACUCUGGCAAAAGCUACGGCCUUCAAUUUCAAAUCAAGGCAUUAAACUUUGCCCAAACGUCAAAAAGGUCAUUUGGUCUAACCUUAUUGACAUUCCAGGCCUUAAAUUCGAAUCCCAUGGCGUUGUUUAUAAUUCUCAGGAGGAUAAUUGUAUUCGUUCAGUGGAGCAAAGUGAGCGAUUGAAUUUGAAAAUCGUGGCGCCGGAUUAUAUGUGUGAUAAUUUCGUUGGAAUUUAUGAUAUUGAAGCCUCUGAUGCUAAGCUUUCUAAGCCUGAACGUCGUGCUCUUGGUUGCCUCGCGACUCUUAGAGGAAAUGGAAUCGCCCAAAAUGAGCUUGGUAAAGACUUUGACAUUAAAGGAAAUGACAUGUUCUACAUAUUGAAGAAGCUUGAAAGCCGAGGAUUGAUUGUCAGACAGUCAACAAUUGUUAGGACAAGAGACAUGGACGGAGAAGGGGACUUGAAAAAAAAUCCAGUUAAUACCAAUAUGCUCUACUUAUCACGCUACGCAAAGAAUUUGGGUAGUCAACAAAGGCUUGAGAUAACCAAGGGGGAUAAUUCCUUGGCGGAUAGUGAGAUCAUUGAUGGAAGAGAUGAAAAUAGUGGUGGUGUCGCUGAGGAAUCUUUUAAAGUAGAUGUGCAUGUAAAAGAUUUUCUUCCGGAACUAGAAGCUAUCUGUGAUAAGCUUGAAAAAACUGAAGGAAAGGUCCUUGCUAUAACAGAUAUCAAGCAAGAACUUGGUUACCGAAUGACUUCCGGGCAUAGGCGAUGGAGAUUUGUUCUCAACAAGCUGAAGGAAGCUCAAGUGGUGAAGAAGGAAAAAGUCAUAGUAGACGGGAAGGAACUCGAGUGUCUAUAUCUAUUAAAGGCGUUUUCACGAAAACAUUUUGAGCCAAAAUCUAGCAUGCGUGGAUGUGAUGAUCUUGAUAAUGAAACAGCAAUGAAAAAGGCCAAGAGAGGUCACAUUUCGGACCUGCUUUUAGAGCUUCCUAUAGAGCAUCAGAUUUACGAUAUGGUUGAUGCUGAGGGAGGUAGAGGGUUGCCAUUCAUUGAGGUGUGCAAAAGGCUGGGAAUAAACAACAAACAACACUAUGGUCGGCUGUUUGAUAUUAUUAAUAGAUUCGGAAUAUAUAUGGAGCCAGAACUCAUGAACAAAGCCAAGGGUUACCGACUCUGGACGCCUGGAAACCGUAAUCCUGGAGCUUCAACUAUCACUCUGAAUGAACCAGUAGUAGACCCUUCAGAAAUUUCUGGUUGCACUCCACUUGGAACAGAUUUAGAGUUUCAAGAGAACUCGGCAUUAACCAUACAAGCAGUGGAUGCUUCAGUUCCUGAAGAUGACAGUGUAGCUAAUAGCGAAACUGUAAACACAGGAAUCAAACCAAAAGUUUCUGAUGGCUUGGUGCUGGAUGAAAAGGAUGAAUCUGUCCCACUUUUUCUGAGCAGAUCACCGGACUCGACCAUCAAGGUAAGCAGUACCACUUCUGAUCCAGAGUUACAGCCUGUGACUGCAGCAUCACUGAAUGUUGCGCCAGUGGAAGCGCUGGCUCUUGCUGUGCCUUCACCUUCAAGACGCCGAUCUUAUCCAAGGUAUCCCUGUCUUACAUUUGAUGCAGCCAAUGCAAAGAGGGAGCAGUGGAUACUUAAACUUCUACAGGAGGAGAAGUUCCUGGUCAGAUCAGAGCUAUACAGACGGAUUCAGGAUCUUGAGAAGGAGAAGACGACAAUGACAGACAGAAAGACCUUAGAUCGUUGUCUGAAUAAGCUCUUGCAAGGAGGACAUUGUAAACUUAUCGUUGUUUAUGUCCCUGUUCUAACAAAUUGCAAAAACAGCCGUCGGAUACAGGUGGUUUUGCACCCUUCGGUUUCUACUGUAUCUGCUGAACAGAUUCAUGAGAGAUUCAGGUCUUUUGAGACACAAAUUCGCACUCAAUCCUCUUCUCAAUUGGAAAAGGGAGAGCCAAUUCCUCAACUGAAUGAUCUCACCAGGACCCAUAAAAGCAUAAAAUUGGAUAACCAAGCUGAGCGAGCUGAAGCCAUGCGUGCAAAUGGAUUUGUACUGGCCAAGAUGGUUCGCACAAAGCUUCUUCACGUCUAUCUGUGGGAAUAUGUGAAUAGUUUGCCUUGUUGUGAUGAUGAUUUGUCAUCUUUUAAAAACGGUCAUGACCUAAAAAAUCCUCAUAGUACAUGUAAAUUAAUUGAUCUAAAUGCAGCCAUUAAGGCCAUGCCGCUUGAACUGUUUUUACAAGUUGUUGGAUCUACUCAGAAGUUUGAGGAUAUGAUAGAGAAAUGUAGAAAUGGGUUUUGCCUUUCUGAUCUUCCUCUGCUGGAGUACAAGCGUCUGAUGGAUAUCUUAGCGAUUGGACGACUAUCAUGGUUGAUUGACAUUUUACGACGUUUGAAGUUGUUUCGGCUUGUAUGUGGUGGACAUCCAGAAAACACAGAAAAUCUCCCUCAUACUACUCUGACUCAUGCAUUGGAGCUUAAACCUCACAUUGAGGAACCUGUUUGCUCAGUGGGUUCAUCUCAUGUUAUUCAUUGUCCAGAUCUUCGCCCUCAAAUCAGACAUGAUUUUGUUCUUUCAAGUAGAAAAGCUGUUGAGGAAUACUGGAACACUUUAGAGUAUUGCUAUUCUGCCAGUGAUCGUAAAGCCGCUUUGCAUGCAUUCCCCGGCUGCGCAGUUAAUGAG